AUGGGCGCUCUACUGUCUCUGCCGCUCCUCGCGGUUCCGAGCGUUGGAACGCUCGUUACCGUUGCGACCUCAUGCUGUGGAGCUGCGACCUGCUCAGCGGUUUGUAGUGCUUGUGGGAAGUUCCAAAACAGUAUGGCUACGCGAAUUGCCUACGCUUUCAUCCUUUUGAUCAACUCGAUCGUAUCGUGGAUAAUGCUUACACCAUGGGCCCUCAAGAAGCUUCAACAUAUGACCAUGGACUAUAUGCAGAUCAGAUGCGAUGGGAAGGAGUGUCAUGGUUGGGUGGCGGUUCACCGUAUCAACUUCGGUCUUGGCUUGUUCCAUUUGAUUUUGGCUCUUCUGCUGUUGGGCGUGCGAAGUUCCAAGGAUGGUCGCGCUUCUCUGCAAAAUGGAUUCUGGGGCCCUAAGGUGGUUUUGUGGAUCGGAUUUGUGGUGAUGUCGUUUUUCAUUCCCGAGUCGUUCUUCUUCGUCUAUGGCCCAUACGUCGCCUUCUUUGGCGCCAUACUCUUCUUGCUGCUGGGCCUGAUUCUUCUCGUGGACCUGGCACACUCAUGGGCUGAAGUGUGUCUGCAGAAGAUCGAGGACAGUGACUCGCGAUUGUGGCGUGGGUUGCUCAUUGGCUCCACUGUCGGCAUGUACAUCGCAUCUAUUGUCAUGACGGUCUUGAUGUACGUCUUCUUUGCAUCAAGUGGAUGUUCCAUGAAUCAGGCCGCCAUUACGAUCAACUUGAUCGUUUUCCUGAUCAUUUCGAUUAUAUCCGUCCAACCGAUAGUGCAGGAGCACAACCCCAGAGCCGGCCUGGCACAAGCUGCCAUGGUGACUGCGUACUGCACAUAUUUGACUAUGUCCGCCGUCUCCAUGGAACCAGACGACCGUCAUUGCAAUCCGUUGAUCCGCUCUCGAGGCACUCGGACGGCCAGUAUUGUCUUGGGUGCUAUUGUCACGAUGGCAACUAUCGCAUACACUACGACCCGUGCUGCUACCCAAGGAAUUGCGCUUGGCUCAAAGAGUGGUCACAACUACUCUCAACUCGGAAUGGAUGAUAACGAACAUGGUCUGGUCACUCAGCAACCUACCAGCCGUCGGGAGAUGCGCGCUGAGGCCCUCCGUGCUGCCGUUGAAAGCGGAAGCUUACCUGCAAGCGCCUUGGAUGAGAGUGACGAUGAAGAUGAUGACGAUUAUGCCACGAAGGAUGACGAGCGAGGAUCGACGCAGUACAACUACUCCUUGUUCCACAUUAUCUUCUACUUGGCUACCUGCUGGGUUGCGAGCUUGUUGACUCAGAACUUGGAUCCAGACUCGCAGACCACCGACGACUUUGCUCCUGUGGGCCGGACCUACUGGGCCAGCUGGGUGAAGAUUAUCAGCGCAUGGGUGUGCUAUGCUAUUUAUUUGUGGACGCUGGUUGCGCCUGUUGUCAUGCCUGAUCGCUUUGAUGUCUACUGA